CCGGUGCAGUGCCUCGCGGCCGCUCACCGGCAGUCAACGCGUGCCUUCUCAUUAUAUUAAAAUAGCGAACGAAUUUUCCGCGAAAUCCAACUCGACUCACGAAGUGUUCGGAAGCUUCGGUUCGGCGGAACUGUGAAGUUUUCCCAGUGAAUGUAUGGUGUACGGAAAGAAUUCCCCGCUGUUUUCUUUUAUUAAUGUCUUUUUUGAAAGUUUUAACGAAAACUUCAGGUCAGAAUUAGAACUGCGGCUAAAUUUCGUGUGCAUCAAAUAAAUUGGUUGACUUACGGAAAGUGCUAUCGGUUUUAAACUUUAACGGCUCUUUCGGAAGUUUGAAUAGCCAACGGAUUGUAGUGUUCCUUGUGUGCUGUAGGAUAGUGCGAGUGCGCGCGCUGCACUAGCGGCGCAUGGGAUGCGGUGAGGCGCCGGGCGCCAUGGCCCGCUCCCCGCGCCGCCUGGCUCAGCGCCGCAGCCGGAGCCGCUCCCGGGAACUGACGCGCCUCAGGACUCAGCUCAACGGAAAAGGCGCGAGCCCGGCCCGCGGGGAGUGGAUGACGAUCUCCGGCCGCUCGGGCGAGCAGCACCCGUCGCCGCGCCAGCUCCACCUCGCCGAGCCGCUGGUGCGCUCCGUGCGCGCCUACCUGGCGCUCGAGCCCGCCAAGCGGCCGCCGCCCGCCGCCGCCGCCGCCGCCGCCGCCGCCGCCGCCGCGCCCGCCUCGCCGCCGCGCUGCCAUGCCGACAUCGUGAGCUCGGGCGCGCGCGACGACGUGCGCGGCGUGGACUUCUCGGCGCGCCUGGCGCGCAAUGACCUGAACAACAACGCGUCGCGCCGCCGCCCCAUGCCCAGCGCGGCCGAGCUGAUGCAGCGCCAGCCGCUGCUGGCGCGCGCCAAGCCGCCCAAGGCCGAGCCGCCCGCCACCGACGACUCGGACGAGCGCGAGCCGUCGCCGGCGCGCCUGCACGGCGACUUCGUGGUGGAGGUGCCGCCGGGCGCGCGCGAGGAGCGCUUCCCCAAGGAGGUGUGGAAGACGGCGCUGGCCUUCGUGUUCCUGUUCCUGUGCGUGUGCGUCAACAUGCUGUCGCUGUCGCUGGUGCACGAGCGGCUGCCCGACCGCAACAGCACGGCGCCGCUGCCCGACGUGGUGCUGGACGCCGUGGCGCCGCGCGACUGGGCGCUGGCCGUGUCCGAGUACCUGAUCGUGGCGUCCACGACCGUGGCCACGCUGGUCGUGGUGUUCCACAAGCACCGCUUCAUCGUGGCGCGCCGCGUGUUCUUCGUGGUGGCGCUGCUGUACCUGUACCGCUCGCUCACCAUGUUCGUGACGGUGCUGCCCGUGUCCAGCACCACGUACUUCUGCAGCCCCAAGAGCAACGGCACCACGCCGCUGCUGGUGCUGCGCCGCAUGUUCUACCUCAUCUCCGGCUUCGGCCUGUCCAUCAACGGCAAGCACACCUUCUGCGGCGACUACAUCUACUCGGGCCACACCAUGGUGCUGGUGCUGAGCUACCUCAUCGUGGCCGAGUACUCGCCGCGCCGGCUGUGGCCCGUGCACUGGGCGCUGUGGGCGGCGGCGGCGCUGGGCGUGGGCUUCGUGCUGCUGGCGCACGGCCACUACUCCGUGGACGUGGUGAUCGCCUACUACAUCACGACGCGCCUGUUCUGGUCGUUCCACGCGGCGCUGGCGGCGCCGGCGCGCGGUGCGCACUGGCUGCGGCGCGAGUGGUGGUUCCGCGGCGCCGCCUACCUGGAGCGCAACGUGCGCGGGCCCGUGCCGCGCCGCUACGACUGGCCGCUGCCGUGGCCGCGCAGCAAGCUGUUCAGCCGGCUCAGCUAGUGACGCCCGCCCGCCGCGCGCGUGUGACGCACCUUCUGCGAGUGGCGCCGCAGCACCUGCAGCUCCUUGGGGCUGGUGCGCGUGCAGAUGGCCAGCGUGAGCGUGUAGUCGAACUGGUGCACCACGAGGUUGAGGUACACCGUCUCCUCCCAGUCGAUCUCCGGGUCGCCGAUGGGCAGCUUCUUGGAGUCCUUGCGGAACACCUCCACGUCGGUCUGCAACAGCGCCCGGCGCGCGCGGCCGUGUCCCACAUGAGAACAUUCCCAACAGAUCAUAUUUUUAUAUCGUUUCAAAUAAAGUACCUACGCGACUGUUAUCGAUGUGAGUUUUGUAUUUCCAAAGUUCGUCGCAAACAUUAGUGACUAGUCGAGUACGGCGACUGGUGUCGAUUCGGACGUACGCGACUCUCUCUGUGUCAAACACAAAACUAAGACUGUCACUCGUCUGUGCGGUGAAGCGAAGGGAGGAUCGUACAGCCGAGCAGCGUCGCCGCUGUGAACUGUGCCGGGCGGAGCGACCGAUGGAGGACAGACUCGCUUCACUUUGUUGCGACGGGGGACGCACGCUGGGACGGCUCGGCUCCGACGGUCAAUUGAUUCAGUGUUUCUGCGAGUUCUAUAUCAAUGAGCAGUACAUUCAUAAAGUAAUGAGCAGAGGCAGGGCGAGGCUCGCUCGGGCCCGUCUGACGUGUUGCAAUGUUUAUAAGUAAAGUUGAAUAUUGGUAAAGUGCGAACAAUAUCAAAUGCACUGCCGAACCCAUGGCAUCACGCAAGCGUCGAACCAGCACUCACCUCAUACUUGGGCAGGUAGCGCGACGUGCCCUUCACGUGGCGCUUGCGCACGAAGAACAGCAGGUCGUCGCAGUCGAUGGAGCGCUCCUCCUGGAACAGGAAGUGGCGCACGAACAGGUCCGUCCAGUACGUGGUCCCCUGCAGCACCACGAAGCCCGAGUCUGCAACGCGCGCCGCCGUCAGUGUACCGUCACCCGCGUACGUCUGUCUGUCCGUCUGUCGGCUCUCCGUCACCGUACAUAACUGCUUUAAUGUUAUUGUAUUUUUAAAAAAGUAAUUUUUGUAUGAAAUCGGGAUAUGAAAACUCUUUAUGGAAUGUGAUAUUGUGCUCGUGUACCUAUUGUGUUAUUGUGUUAUGCAACACACUAAUGCAGUUGUUAUAAUUUGUUUGCGCGCGAAUCUCUGACGUGCCGUCCGCCAUCCCUCGGCCGACAGUCGGAGGAUGGCUCGCGGCUGUGCUCGCGCAGCACUGCCAGCGUCGAGCUCACGAGUAGAGGUUUGUGUCGCACGUGUACGGUGACGUUGCGGUAAAUCGCCGCCUAACAUAGAGAUAUUAUAUAUUUUAGAGAAACGUUUAAUCUGAUGUAUUCUUUUCUGGUAAAAAAGUUAUGUACCAUAUCUGCGGCGACAGCCCGCAACGUCACUCGUAUCUCUGCCGCCGCACAGCCGCAGCGCAGCCGCGUGCGGUCGGCGUGUAACCGUUAAGUUGUUUUAGUUUAGCUUUAGUACUUCAAGUCGUUCGGCAGAGUGCCCUCUGCGCCGACAGGUCGAUGCACUGUAUUGUAAAUAUUAUUGUUAAUGAUAAACUGUUGCUUUCAUGCUGUACUGGCGACUCUGAUGAACUCGACCAUAAUAUAUGUAUUAAGUUGUUUUGGAAAAAGGUUUUAUUUAUUUUAUUGAUUAAUUUAUUAUUUGUUGAAGAUGCAGACAAAUUUUGAUGAAAUAUUCAAACGAGAGAUAUUUGAUAGCCCGUAAUAUCUAUCGGCUUCAUACAACUAUGUAUCUUAUACUUUGGUAUUACUGACAUGCAUUUAUAAAAAAAUAUGUUGCUUUGAAUUUAUUUGCAUGGAUAUUUCAUCACCGCGUGUCUGAAAUCUUAGUAGGAAGGUUGUUUUCAAUGUUUCAUGCAACAUUCCGAAACAGCGAAAAAAUCCCAUUUUGUAUAUUUACAUACAAAUUUAUAAACCGGCCAAAUAGUUAUGUAUAGGUAAAGGGGCCCAUCACACUCAUUAUUAACCUGUACAUAAUAGGAGGUGUUGUAUUAAAUGAUUGCACCUCUGCCGCACAGCGCACUGCUAGCUGCCUUGUCCACACUAAUAUUGUGAAGUGUGUUGUUGCACACAAGGAAAUAAAAACAUAUUUGUUGGUGAACAUCUAGGUAGGUUCUAAUCUAAAAUUUUCCAGUGUUGAUAACUUUCAAUAAAUUGCAAUUUAAAUCAUUAUUUAUAUUAAGUACUUAUGUUGUUCUUAAAUUUUGGAUUUCAAGAUAAUGAAAAUUUUAUGUAUUUAAUAUUUAUAUUAUCAUUGAAAUGAACUUAAAUAAUUUUAGAAUACAAUAGGAGACACAAUCAGGGUGGGCUUUUAAAUAUGAUAUUAAUCAAUGAGACAUUAAGGGUUGGUUUUACCAUCUUCUGAUAGGUGUUUGAUAGCUUAUUCACAGGUUUUAUCUUUUUCAUCUAAAUAUUAUACAGAGGAAAAGUUUGUGGUGUUGUAGUAAUCUCUGGGUCUACUGAACUGAUUAUGAAAAUUCUUUUACUACUAGAAAACCAUGUUAUUUGUUCUCAUAUAUUAAACCAAUUAUUUCUCAUAUACCCAUGGGCACCAAACUAUGCAGGAGAAACAGCUAGGCGUGGGCUAGUUUGACAUAAGAGUAUGUAUAUAAUAUGGAGCUAGCAGAUGUCUAAAUAUUCUGCUCAGUCCACAUUCUCAGUACCAGCAGUGGUGGAGCGAGUGCUGCAGAUGUGUGAUCAUUUGGUGCAGUGCAUAUAACUAGAUUGUGCACACGGCAGUGUGUGGCCCCAGAAAGUAUUUAAGGUUUAAUGUCUGAUGUAUAACAAAGGUUUAUACUGUUGCUGUUGUAAAUCAAACUUCUAAUAAAUGUCUUUUUUAUCAA